GAGGACAAAAAGGUCAUUUUAAAAAAGUUUAAAGGGCAGAAAUGGAAUGGGUGAGUUGGAGUAUGCAAACUCGUUGGUACCAUGAAAGCCGCUGUUGAAGUUUCGAAAAAAAGAAAGAAUAGUUGAAGUUCUUAAAUCUCGUAAACCUCAUUGGAGCCUCCGUCCCGUAAGACCAAACGGUUGAAGAAGAAGAAGAAGAAGAAGAAGAAGAAGAAGAAGACCAUACAGACAUGGCUGGUAGUUCUGGAUCAGCCAGUUUAGAAGAUGUUCCCUCCAUCCAUCUCAUGACCGAGCUCCUCCGUCGCAUGAAAUGCGCUUCAAAACCCGACAAGCACCUCAUUCUCAUUGGUCCACCUGGAUCAGGAAAAGGCACUCAAUCUCCAAUUAUCAAGGAUGAAUACUGCUUGUGUCACUUGGCUACUGGUGAUAUGCUAAGAGCUGCAGUUGCUGCUAAAACUCCACUUGGUGUUAAGGCUAAGGAGGCCAUGGACAGGGGUGAACUUGUGUCUGACGACUUGGUUGUUGGCAUCAUCGAUGAAGCAGUUAAGAAGCCUUCAUGUCAGAAAGGUUUCAUUCUCGAUGGAUUUCCUAGAACCGUUGUGCAAGCUCAGAAGCUGGAUGAGAUGCUAGAAAAGCAGGGUGCUAAAAUAGAUAAGGUGCUUAAUUUUUCCAUUGACGAUUCGAUCUUGGAGGAGAGGAUUACUGGACGAUGGAUACACCCAUCCAGCGGGAGGUCUUAUCACACCAAAUUUGCUCCUCCAAAGGUUGCUGGCAUUGAUGAUGUUACGGGAGAACCUUUGAUUCAACGUAAGGAUGAUACUACAGCAGUUCUCAAAUCUCGGCUGGAGGCUUUCCACAAGCAAACAAAGCCAGUGAUUGAUUACUAUUCGAAGAAGAAAAUUGUGGCAGAUCUUCAAGCAGAGAAGUCUCCCAAAGAGGUAACAGAAGAGAUUCAGAAAGUGCUCUCAUCCUAGAAAUGGGCGUCAUACAAUAAUUCAACAAUGGAUGAAACCUUUUCAAUUUUUACACAACCCAUUGGAACAUUUAACAUUUGAUUGGAUAUUAUAUGGUCAAAUCUGCUGACUUUGUGAGUUAACCUCAUUCGAACCGAAGACACACGACGGUUGUCAUCUUUACGAUUGUACUAAUUCUAUAAAAUAAGGAUAAUUAUCUUUCAUGAGAAAUUGAGCGAUCCAUUUAAUAAUGAAAUUUAUAUUAUUAGUGCUCA